AUGUACGUGGGCAGCCGACAGCGGUUGGUAUGACUAGUUUUGCUCUACCUUUAUGUCUAAAGCCUUGGUCCUAAUUUAACCAAGUUGACAAGUUUUUUUUCUAAAUAUCAUGGGAGUUCCUGGCCUAUGGCGUUUGUUAGAACCUGCAAGAGUGCCUAUAGAAUUACAACAGCUCUCAGGUAAAAUUAUAGCAAUCGAUAUGAAUAUCUGGUUGCAUCAAGCUGUUAAGUCUCGAGGUGCAUCAGGUGGUCCUCGCAACUAUUUAGCCAUAUUUUUCCGUCGCUUAUGCAAGCUACUUUUCUUUGGUAUCCGACCAGUGUUCGUUUUUGAUGGUGAUACACCUGCGUUGAAACGAGCAACUAUGAAUGCAAGACGUCAGCUGCGUAGUUCAACCGAGGCUAAGGCAGAAAAAGCUCAAAAACACUUUCUUCGUCGCCUUUUACGUCGUGUUGCAGAGUCUACAGUAAAGUCAAGUUCAUUGUCAUCUAAUGAAGCACAGUCUCCUGAAACUUUAGCAAAGGAAGAACUGUUAAGACGAUUGAAACAGCAAUCACAUUGUCAUCAAGCUAGGGAGGAUGCUGAACUCUUCUCAGCUCCAAAUCCGCAUUCAGAGUCGAAUAGGGAUAAAAGUAACAGCAUUUUGCUAAGUGAAAAUGCUGGUGUAGAAUAUGAUGAACUUGCUCACGAUUUCCUGGAUGGUUUCAAUUCUUCAAAUCGAAAGUUUUCUGAAAUGGAUCUUAACUCAGAUUCAUUUUGUUCACUACCUUUACCUGCUCAAUUACGUGUUGUUCAAAUGGCGAGAGAAGUACUAGACUCUAGUUCAUGCCGGAGUGACUUAGUUCACGAAAACAAUGAAGCAACAUUUGAUCCGGAAAAGUUCUCAGAUGUCCAAACGAAACGUUUGCUUCUACGUCGUCGUUUAGCAGAACGUCAACAACAAUUAUCUGAUGAUUUAACUAAGCAAGAAGCUGUUCAGCAAGUUCUUCAAUUAGACAACUCUAUGAUAAGAAGUAUUCUACAAAACCGAUCUUUAUCUUCAAGUUUAUCAUGUUCUACUGUGGGGUCAACUGAAACAAUAGCCACAGCAAUGCGUAUUCAGUCACAAGAUGUGGGCCAUGCCAUUCUUGUUAAACAAUCUCCGGUGAAACAUUCGAACAAGCUAACUAGAGUACCUUCAUCCACUAUAUUCGAUUUGGAAAAACUAAUUACAUAUGAUCUCAAAGAUUUAAACGAACCUGUUAACAUUGAAGAAGGAAAGAUUACUAAGAACUUAUCAUCUCAAGGUACUGACGAUGUCAUAUCAGUAACUGACUAUGAGUUAGCAAAUAAUGACUUGUAUUCACUUCAGCAAUCCAGAAUAGAGAAAAUAACUAUUCAGAAAACUGUAAAUGAUUCAAAAUACAAACCAUCCAAAGAACCAAGUACUGAAGAGUUUUCAAAGGAACAGCUCCCAGUAGAAUUGUCUAAGCAUGAAACAGAUGUGAACAUUUCUGAUAACUACAAUAAUUUGGAUAAAUCGGCUGUUGAUGAUUUUGUAGAAAAUUCAUACACUGUAACUCUCCCAAAAGAUUCAUGUAUUAUCGAAAGCACUAAACCAUCAACGAAUAUUACAUCGCCUGUUAUAGAACAUUUGUAUGAUUUUACAAAGGUUGACAAGAACGAAACUGACUCGGAAGCUAAUGUUUCCUCAGAAAUUCACAAAACUGAGAAUCUGAAAGUCUCUGAAGAUGAUGAAAAAAAUGAAGAUAAUUCCAGUGAGGAUGAUGAUGAUGAUGAUGAUUUCAUCGAUGUUGAAGCCCAGGAACACGUUGAAGUUUUGAGUGCAUCUAGUGAUUCUAACAUAUCAUAUAAACAUCCGCUUGAUAAAAACAGCUCUCCCAGUGAAUUGGAAUUAAAGUCUGUUGUCUAUGAAAAUGAAAGUAUCGAUAAACAGUCUACAGAAUAUACUAGUGCUCAGGAAUCCAUUUCAUCUGAAGUAGAAGAUGAUGACUUGACCAUAGAUGACGAUAUGUUGAGAGAAAAAGCUGAUCGUUUAACGCGACAAGCUCAAUCCACUACUACACGCUGUAUUUCAGAAGCUCAGGAUCUACUUCGUCUGUUCGGAUUUCCGUUUGUAGUCAGUCCAGAAGAAGCAGAAGCACAAUGUGUGGCUUUACAACGUUAUGGUCUGGUUGAUGUUGUUGCUAGUGACGAUUCCGACGUAUGGCCGUUCGGUGGCAGACUCAUUUGUCGUCAUCUUUUUGGUACUGGUGAUGAUAAGAAAAGAAAGACAGGUCCUUCCUUAUAUAAGCUAGAUGAAGUAAAACAGAAGUUGGGUCUUACUGUGGAAAAUAUUCUGCGUUUGACUCUGCUCUGUGGGAGUGAUUAUACACGUGGGAUCGAUCAAGUUGGUCCGGUUACAGCAAUUGAAAUAAUUAGUGAGUUUGGUGAAGCUGAUAAUUCACUGAGUUCUGAUAUCGAUAAUUGGCUUCAUGGCAUUUGUGAACCUUCAGAAGAAUUACUUCAAAAUAUUCUCAAGCCACUGGAACAAUUCACGAAUUGGUGGCAAACUACUCGUUCACAGGAAUCGCCUGAGUCGAAGAAAACACUUAAAAUAGCUGAAUCCAGUCCAGUUAGACGUCGUUGGAUUAAUUUGAAACCAUUACCUGGAUUCCCAGAUAGUCGUAUUGCUCGUGCUUAUUUGUACCCGAAUGUAAAAGUCGAUAUUCCACCGUUCAAAUGGGAAGCACCCAGUGUACCACUACUUAUCCAACAUGUAAAUAAUUCAUUGGGAUGGAGUCGAGAUAAAACGGAAGCUUUGUUGACUUCCGUACUUAAACAUAGACAAACUGUUGAACUUGGAAGCCCUGAAGGAAUGCUUUCUUCCAAUUCACUCAUAACCAAUUUCUUCCCUAUCAAAGAUAGAAUCAGUAAAGCAUCAGAAGUCAGUAAUCAUCAUAUAGAUUCAUCAGAGUUAGAUGAAGUAAGUGGCAAUUAAUCGAUCUACGAUAACAAAAAAUAGGCUUGGGUGUUUUAAAGUGGUUUACAAAUUGACAUUUCUCACAGCUGAGUAAUUUUUCAACUAUGGAGUCAACAAGGUCCCCAAUGGAAACCACUCAGUCCGAUUGGUUUCUGACUUAUCAAGGUGUUUAGUACAAGUAUCUUUCACAACUGGGCGUUGUUUCAUCGUUUUUCACAGUGUAAUAAUCAUUAAUAGAUUCCUCUUGAUAAAAGAGAACUAUACGUGUUUGGUGUUCUCCAAGCUUUGAGGUUUGUUUUUGAAGAAGUAUAUGCUUAUGCGAUCGCCUAGCCUAAUGAUGAAACAUCCAAGAAUAAAGCUUGAAGAACACCAGACAAUUAUCAUCGUCAUCUUGAGCUACGAAUUUUCUAUAGUAUCUCAAAAACGGAAUUGUUCAUUUUGUGUGUCAUUCACGCCUCCUGAAACAAAAUAAUAGAUUAGAAACGCAAAUAUUAACUUUUUAAAAUAUCUAACAUUUCAGGUUUCGAUGCCAAGUAAACGUGUUCGCCAUGCAGCCAAUCGGUUAAGAACUCGAAAGAUAGAUGAAAGUUCUUUUAAACCCCCCAUUAUAUCAACAAGUGUGGCGGAAACAGAUAAUUUGCUUUCUGAAUUGCCUAAACCUGGUAAGUCUGGAAGACGGCGAAAUAUGAAGUGUCUUACAAGUGAAACAAACGAAAAAUCAGCUCAAGUAAAAAAUCUAUCAAAGAAGAAAUCCUUAAAAAAGUCCCAAGUAAAGUCCAAACGUCGAGUAAUGGAAAAAGUAAGCUUAUCUGAAGAGGACGACUAACUAGUGUUAAAAAAAUUGAACUAAUUGUACAUAGCAUACUUCCAAACUUUUUUGGAUACAAUUAUUUCGC